AUGGAACGUGUAAUCAAUGUUCUGCUCGACUCCUUCCCUGGCUUGUCGCUCCCUUCGACCAUUUGUCUCCCUGUGCCAGCCUCCUCAACCGCCUCCGAACUGCUAGAUUCCAUUGCAGAACUUAUCCCACCGAGUGUCCUGCAAAGCAAUCGCCUCUUGCUGACCUCUACCUCUAACCGACCAAUCUAUGCAUCCUCUUCGAUCACAGUUGCGGACCUCAGUGCCUCCUCGUCAUGUCAUCAAGACUGCAACAAUGCGAUCCUCCCGCUGCGACUCUCUGCCUCGUUAGUUGGCGGGAAGGGUGGCUUUGGAUCCCAGCUUAGGGCGGCGGGAGGGCGCAUGUCGUCGCGCAAAAAGCGCCAGAACGCCGAACUUGCCACGGGCAGUGCUCGCAAUCUUGAUGGGCGGAGGUUGCGCACGAUCACGGAGGCCAAGAAUCUAGCCACCUAUCUAGCCACCAAACCCGAGAUGGAUCGCAAGGAGAAGGAGGAGAGACGGAAGAGAUGGGAACAGGUGAUCGAGUUAGCCGAGCAGAGGGAGGCCGAUAUGCGGGCAGGGAAAGGCCCGGAUGGUCGACGGAAAGGACUCAGCGAAGAAUGGGUUGAAGAGAAGGAGGAAGUAGGGGAGAAUGUGCGGAACGCUGUAAAGAUGGCCAUGUUGGCGGAUCAGGCAAAAGGCGAAGUUCGAGAGCCUUCAGCACAGGACGGCGAAAGCAGUGGAAGUGGGGGGUCUGCAGCUGGGAGCGAAGAAGACAGUGACGCAGAGGAAGUAAUGGAGUUGGAAGAGGAUGAGAUGACACGACUGAGGCAAGAGGCCGAGACGGGAGAUGCAGAUGCUAUCUGGGUGUUGCAGCAUCGACUCAAGAUACCCUCUGAUCUAUUGCCAAAGCCCAAGCAGACUGUCAGGCGGUUUGCGGGAUUCGACGACGAAGAUGACGUGUCCAGCAGUGAGGAGGAACCUGACAGCGUAGAGGAGCAGAGUGGCAAGGGCAAGCAGAAGGCUGACGGCGUGUGA